AUGUCGGCGUACGACCGCUUCUCAAGCCCAGGAAGCGAGUUGGCCUCCUUCUUUCGUCAGUUGGCGACGCCGAUCCGACGCUACGCCUCCUUCGCCACUUCGUCGAGCGGCUCCGUCGACGGCUCACGCGAGUGGGAGUGGGAGCGGCUACGGGCCAAACACGUUGGCACCACCAAGCGACUGGACCUGUUCGACCACGACCUGUACGGUGAUCGAGGAGCACAGGUAUUCCUGGCCGCGCUGGAGCGAUCACCAGGCGUCGAAACGGUCAAUCUGGUGAGCUGCGUACCCAUCCGAUGUCACUCGCGAUGUCGAUGCCGAUGCUCGAUGUGGGGGCCAGUUCAGCCAGGUCUGGUGUACCUUCCUUCGGCACCGACGCAGAUGCGGUGGCCACUGACUUAUGGAGGUGGAUAGAGUUGAACGCUGAGUGCUAAGUGUGCUCAUCCACAGAGCUCAAACAAACUUGGCGACCAUGGCAUCAUGGCGAUAACACGUGGCCUAAAGGGGCUACGGUCCCGGGGGAUCGGCGCUUGCCUCAAGGUGGGAUGCACCACAGUUCUUUAUUUGAGAGUUUGUAUUGACCGAAUGACUCUGCAUUGUAUUUCCCAGGAGAUAAAUCUGUCCGGAAACAAUCUUACGGACGUGUCGUUCCAUCUUCUGGCGCUCAACCUGCUACAACCCUCGCCGCAUCCGCCGACGGUGACUCAUCUUUAUCUCACCGCCAACGACUUCCGGCUCUCGCCCUCGCUAGCUGCUUUCCUUGGGUCGUGCCUGUCGUCCCCUUCGUCCUCGCUCCGAUGUCUCUCCCUGACCAACAAUCCGACCAUCUCGUCUUCAGGGUUGCUCAAUCUUCUCCAGCAUCUCCGGCUCGGCACGGAAAACCCAUCUCAGCUCUCCCAACUGCACCUCUCGGUGUGCAAGCUCACACCCGAUUGUGCCCAACCUCUGGCUCGUUGGUUGGAAUCACCGAUCGGUGGAGGACGGCUGCAAGCCCUCGGUCUCAAUGGCAAUGGGCUCAGCGAAGCUGGCGUUCGUCGCAUCUUACGGUCUGUCGCGACGGGGAGAGCGCCGUCACUUGUUCACGUCGAAUUAUUUGCAAACGAGCUCGGCGAAGCGAAGCAAACGGUCUGGGCAGACGUGAUUGCAGAGUUGGAAGCUGAAGAUGAAGAGACGGACGAAGAAAGAGCGAGCCUCAAGGAUCGAUUCGAGCGAGCGAAGGAGAUGAACAAGAUCGUGCUCAAGGAAACUCGUCUCGCCGCUCUUGGGCUGCUCGCCAAAGCUCGUGUUCUUUUCGGUCAGCAGUCACACGGAAUUUCAGCCAUAUCACAAGCCACGGAUCGAUCACCAUCCUCGACAUCAUCACCUAAUUCGAGGGUCGAGUUCGCACCGUCUCGAGACUAUUUCGCUUUCCAGCACCUGCCGAUCGAGAUCCGGAUCCAUAUCCUUCGAUGCACCCUCGACGCUCGACCUUCCUCUACAGCUCAUCGAUACACGCGCUGUCCUUCCGAGUUUCUUAACCCAAUCUCUCCCGAAGAUGGCCGGCCCGUCCUGACCAGUCCUUUGACGGAAAUGCAGUUUCUCUCCAUUCUAGACUACAGCGCCUCGCGACAAACGCUACAGACCGAGAUACGUCUGGCUUCGGCCCAGAUCCCUUCGCUCGCCGGCCAUCACAAAGGUAAGAAAUUUGGUUCAGCCGGGUUCAGCACCGAUCCCAGUCGGGGGCAUAGCCACAGACCUGCGAACGGAACUGGGAAUGGUGACCGGUCGGGAUCGGCGACGACUGGGUCGACUGAGGAUGGGGAGGAGGUUUGGGCCGAAUGGUUCUUACGGGCUACGGGAUGUGAUCGGUUCCAAAGAAGUUGA